AUGACAAAAAAUUUCCGAGUUGUUCCUCAACUCGCUCUCCGCAACCUCACCUCUCGGUCUGGCUCGCCACGCAAGGCCAGCAUGGCUCUGAAACUCAUGGCGCUGGCGUUGGCACUGCUCAUAACUACCAGUCAUGCUGCCGUUCUGCUCUCGGUCUCGGGCUCGCUCAAUCUCGAGGUCGACGCCCGAAAGAUGAGUUCAAUGAACGGGAACUCGACGGCGGUGACAGGCUAUGUGGCCAUGGCUGACGAGCUUGUGGCGCUUCGACUCGAUCUGCGCAGCUUGGCGCUCCCGGCACUCGGCAGGCUGCAAGUGGACUCGAUGUCAACUCGGAUCACACUACCGCAACUGGUGGAUGGCGAGUCGUCGUCAUCGGCACUGUGGACGGUUCGGGCGUACGCCUACGAUCAUCUCGGCGUCGGCGGGCCACUCAACACAGCGCCAUGGACCGCAACUGGUGGCCUUGACGCGGUGCCGCGGAUAGGCCCGAUGGUCAGCUGGCCAGCCACCACAAACAUGAACCCGUUUGUGGUCGAUAUCGACAAGCUCGUCCAGGCCGCGGUCGACGCGCCGCAGUUUGGCGGCUGGCUCGUCGUGCGGCUCGAGCUUCUAGCUCCCGACACCAAUCGCAGCCAUCAAUUGGCCACCGCGCCCGUCACCUUUGAGGUCGGCUACUACCACGUGUGUCCAGAGUAUCCGGCUCUGCCGCGCGGUAGCAUUGCACGCUCGCCGGUCACCGGCACCACCAGCGCGCCGGCUGGCGACGCGCUUGCGGUUCGAUGCGAGGACGGGACGGUGCUUGUCGGUCCCGCGACAGUGACAUGUAUCGACGGUGCGUGGAAUGUGAUGCCGCCGGCGGUCCAGUGUGUCCCGGCGCCAGUCUGUGCCGAUGGCGAGGUUGCGAUGCAGGGCGCAGCAGAGUGCUCGCCGUGUGAUGCCGGGACUUACUCGGCGAGCAAUGGUGCCGCUCGCUGCACCGCUUGCCCGAACUUCUCGACCUCGCCGGCCCGGUCGGCAAGCAUCACCAACUGCUCUUGCUUGCGGGGCUACUGGGCAGCGCGAACCGAAGACCUGCUCGAGUUGCGCUGCAUGGCGUGUCCACUCGGCGCAGAGUGCACCGGCGGAGACGCUGCCCCGGUCGCCGCACCUGGCUUUGCCCCCAGUGGCGAUGCGCCGUUGUCAUUUGUGGCAUGCCCGCUCGCAGGCGCAUGUUCUGAAGGCAACGGGUGUAGACGGGGGUACACUGGGCCACUGUGUGGCGCGUGUGCGAGCGGAUAUUACCUCAUCGGUGGAGUAUGCCGGUCGUGCAGCGCGGCGAGUGGGUUGGUGGCGACCAGCAUGGUGCUGGCGGUUUUUGGUUAUGCGGUAGGCAGCGUGUGGCUCAACUCCCGCGACGCGCACGCGAUGACUGCAGCAGCGGGCAUCGCGAUCAACACAGCACAGGUGGUAGGCCUCAUCGGCACGCUCCAGCUGGAGUGGCACCCUGUAGCGCGGGCCGUGUUGGACGCGGUCUCGCUGGCCAAUGUCAACCUUGAUCUCGCGGCACCCGGAUGCGGGCUCGGCGCGCAUGAUGCGUGGAUGUUCAAGUUUGGUAUGACGAUGGCGCUGCCGCUCUUGUUUGUGCUGCCGUACUUGGUCGCGACAGCGGUAGUGACCAGAGUGCAGCGGCGCGGAGCAGCCAAGACUGCGCGCGGCGGGGUGACUUCGCGGGUGAUGCGCGGCGCGGCGCGCGGGUAUGCCCAGACGCUGAUACUUUGUAUCUGCCGCUCGUCUACGGCGCGCUGCAGUAUGUCGACUGCACCUAUGUCAGCAGCGGGUGGCGGUGAUGACGACCAACCCGCAGCAGCGAUGCUACACCGACGAGUGGUAUCAGAUGCUGCCGCUGGUGAUGGUGGCGGCCGUGGUGUACAGCGCCGGCGUUCCCGCGGGGCUAGCGACGGUCCUGGUUGCGCUCCGCCGCCGGCGGCUGGCCUUUCUCACCGCCAAGUUCAAGGCGGGUAUCCCUUGGUAUGA